GGCAGGACUCAUGCAGCCAAUAAUACAUAUAGCUAUGUAAGAUUUUGAAAACAGGAUUCCUAUUGUUAUCGAUUGAUGAUCUAUUGGAAGGGAAAUAUUAGAUCUUAAGGCUUUGACCUCCUUCACACUUGAACUAAAGUUCAGCUUCCAUGGCCUCUGAAGAAUCUCCUGGUCAUUCAGACAUCUUUGCACGCCAGAAUUCCACCAGUGGCGUUUCUCUAGACUUUGAAGCAGACACCGACUACCAGUUUGUUGAAACCUUGGAAGAUCGCUACAAAUGUGCCUCUUGCCACCUAGUCCUUCACAAUCCUCACCAAACAGGAUGUGGUCACAGAUUUUGCCAGCAUUGUAUUAUUUCUCUGAAAGACCGGAGUGCAGUGCCCAUCUGCCCUGUAGACAAAGAAAUCAUAAAAAUGCACGAGGUAUUCAAAGACAAUUGCUGCAAAAGAGAAGUUCUCAACUUGCAAGUAUUUUGCAAAAAUGUUCCUGAUUGCAAUUCAAAAAUAAUUCUAGGACGAUAUCGGGAUCACCUUCAGCAGUGUUGUUUUGAAAAUGUGCAGUGCACUAACGAUGGAUGUCAUGAUCAAGUUCUUCGGAAGGAUUUAAAAGACCACUUAAGUCUGCAGUGCAGAUUUCGAGAAGAAAAAUGUCAGUACUGUAAUAACUAUGUGGUUUCAAUUAAUUUAAAGAACCAUGAGAACAAUGAUUGUCCUGAUUAUCCUGUGCCUUGUCUUCAAAAUUGUUCUCAGAUAAUACUGAAAAAAGAGAUCGAUGAGCACUUCUUUGUGUGUCCAGAGGCAGAAGUGGACUGUCCCUAUAAGCAAUAUGGUUGUUCUGUAAAGGUUAAAAGAGGAAAGCUGGCUGAACAUGAAAAUGCAUCCCUGAGGGAACACAUGCUACAGAUUUUAGAAAAGAACUCCAGAUUGGAAGAACAGAUAUCUGACCUAUAUAAGAGCCUGGAAUUCAAAGAGAGCAAAAUUCAACAGUUAGCAGAUGCAGUUAAAAAAUGUGAAAAAGAAUUCAGACAGUUUGCACAGCUGUUUGGUAAAAAUAGCAACUUGAUGGUAAGCACUCAGACUCUGGCCAAUCAUCUUGAUAAAUCUACAUGGCUGGAAACGCAAGUGAAGCAGCUCAUACAAAUGGCAAACCAGCAGCAAAACAAAUUUGACUUGAGGCCACUGUUGGAGACCAUUGAAAAUAUAAAGCAGAAGAUUGCCCUUAUGGAAACAUAUGAUCAGCGUUUGGUUGUUUUGGAAGGUCAGUCCAACAAGCAUGAUGUCCACAUCAAUAUUCACAAAGCACAGCUCAAUAAAAAUGAAGAACGAUUUAAACUUUUGGAAAGCACAUGUUACAAUGGAAGACUGAUCUGGAAAAUCAUGGAUUACAAAUUGAAGAAAAAAGAAGCAGUAGAAGGUCGCACUCCAUCUGUAUUCAGCCAGCCAUUUUACACCAGCCGCUGUGGAUACAGGUUAUGUGCAAGAGCUUACCUGAAUGGUGAUGGUUCAGGAAAAGGGACACAUGUCUCCCUCUACUUUGUGGUGAUGAAAGGGGAGUUUGACUCAUUGCUACCGUGGCCUUUCAAGCAAAAAGUUACACUUAUGCUUCUGGACCAAAGUGGGAAAAAAAAUCACAUUGUAGAAGUCUUCAAGGCUGACCCCAACAGCAGCAGUUUCAAAAGGCCAGAUGGAGACAUGAAUAUUGCCUCUGGGUGUCCACGAUUUGUGGCACACACUGUGCUGGAGAACACAAAGAAUGCCUUUGUCAAAGAUGACACUCUCUUCUUGAAAGUAGUUGUUGAUUUAACUGACCUUGAGGAACUGUGAAGUGUCUGAAAGACACAACUUCUUAAUGACUUAAAAAAAAAAAAAAAAAAAAGACUCUUGGUGAUGACCAGCCA